AUGAAUGGAGAUGAGAAGAUCACCCAGGAGCUGUGCAAGGAAUCUGAAAUGAAAGAUGGAGAGAUGCGGGAAUUCGAGAUAGAAGGGAGAAGUAUUCUAUUAGUGAAGAGUAAUGGGACCUUCAGCGCUGUGGGCAACAAGUGUUCCCACUAUGGAGCUCCUUUAAGUAAGGGAUUCCUGGCAGGGGACAGAGUGCGAUGUCCUUGGCAUGGUGCAUGCUUUAAUGUGAAAACAGGAGACAUAGAAGAAUACCCUGGAUUGGACAGUCUGCCCUGUUAUAAGGUCACAGUGGAGAAUGGCAGUGUGCAUCUUGUAACAAGUAAAAAGGCAUUGGAGAAUGUAAAAAGAGUAAAAGCUAUGUGCCGACACAAUGCCAGCAACAGAAGUACUGUAGCCAUCAUUGGAGCAGGCCCUGCUGCACUGGUGUGUGCGGAAACCCUGCGCCAAGAAGGUUAUUCAGGGAAGAUUGUCAUGGUGACCAGAGAAAAUCACUUGCCUUAUGACAGACCAAAACUUAGCAAGGCAAUGAAUGCAAAGGCUGAAGAUAUCUACCUACGGCCCAAAGAAUUUUACUCUCAACAUGAUAUUGAAGUGCGGAUGGGAAAAGAGGCAGUUUCAGUCAACACAGAUGAAGCCAGGGUGAAAUUUAGAGAUGGAUCAUUCCUUCAGUACAGCCAACUUCUAAUUGCUACUGGAAGCAGACCAAGAGAACUUCAGUGCCCUGGCUCUACACUGAAAAAUGUGUUUUCUUUGCGAUCUCCAGAAGAUGCCACAGCAGUCAGCGAAGAAGCUGGAGGCAAAAAUGUGGUGAUUAUGGGCAGCUCUUUCAUAGGCAUGGAAGUCGCAGCUUUUCUUUCGGACAAAGCUAACUCUGUGUCUGUGAUAGGAAAAUCUAGUGUGCCCUUCCAGGCUGUGCUGGGAGAUCAGAUUGGAGCACUGGCAAUGAAGCUUUUAGAGGAGCAUGGGGUCAACUUCUACAUGAGGACAGAAGCCAGAGAGAUACAUGGCGAGAAUGGACAGGUGAAGGAGGUACUUCUGAGAAAUGGAACUGUUCUUCUGCUGAUGUUGUGCUUGCUGGAAUAGGCGUAGUCCCUGUGUCAAAUUUCCUGAAGGGAAGCAGAGUUGCAGUGGACUCUAGAGGAGCAAUCUAUGUAGACCAGUUUAUGCGCACCAGUGUUCCUGAUGUCUUCGCUGCUGGGGAUGUUGUAUCAUUUCCUCUGUCCAUGAUGGAGGGACACAGAGCAAAUAUUGGACACUGGCAGAUGGCUCACGCUCAUGGUAGG